GCGCGGGGUGCGAGCUGCGGCAACCAACGCCACCUCACUCACUCACUCGCUCGCGUGACUCUGCAACCGGGCGUCACGCACGUUAUCCGGUUAAUUUACAUACAAAACGCCGCCCAGGGGGACGAACAUGAUAAUCCACCAUCGACUGAAAGCUAUCCGCGCAGGAGGGGAGAGGAAAAAAAAAAAACAGCCGAAAAAAAAGUUUGAACGUGAGCGGGCUGUUUUAUAAAAAAAAAAAAAGAAGCAGGAGAAGUGUUUCCACACUCGAAACCAGCCUCGUCGGGCUCUUCGCCCUCACUUUUUGGAUCGCGAUAUGGACGCUUUGAAAUCCGCCGGAAGGGCAAUUAUACGGAGCCCGAGUAUCGCCAAACAGUCGUGGACCGCGAGCAGACAUAAAAAGCUUCCGGAGAACUGGACGGACACCAGGGAGACCCUCCUGGAGGGCAUGGUGUUCCAGCUCAAGUACCUGGGGGUCACGAUGGUUGAGCAGCCCAAGGGAGAGGAGCUGUCUGCGGCCGCCGUCAAGAGGAUCGUGGCCACGGCCAAAGCCAGCGGAAAGAAGCUCCAGAAAGUCACAUUAACGGUCUCCCCCCGAGGAAUCAUCCUUUACGACAGUGCCUCCAACCAGCUGAUGGAAAACAUCUCCAUCUACAGAAUAUCCUAUUGCACAGCGGACAAGAUGCACGACAAAGUGUUUGCCUACAUCGUCCAGAGCCAGCACAACGAGACCCUGGAGUGUCACGCCUUCCUCUGCACCAAGAGGAAAAUGGCCCAGGCGGUCACCCUGACAGUGGCGCAGGCGUUCAGAGUGGCGUUUGAAUUCUGGCAGGCCGCCAAGGAAGAGAAAGAGAAGCGAGCGAAGUCUGGUUCAGACGGAGAAGGAGCCAGCAGCUCUCAGUCGGACAGCUCGGCCAGCCUGGGCAGCCUGAAAGCAGGAGAAGUAGCCACGGGAAGGCUUCUGGAUUUGGCUGAGGGAGCCAACGCGGCGCUGGUCCACUCGGCAACGAAGCAGACGGAGUCGGACCUCUUUAUGGUGCAUAAUCACGCAACCGAGAACAACAAUACUGUAUGGGAGCUGGAGGACGGUCUGGACGAGGCUUUCUCAAGCCGCAGUCUGGAUAGCUUUGAAUCCUACUCAGACUCGCUGAGUCUCGCACUAACCCCCAGGUCCUGGACAUUGGGGUAAACCCUCAGGACUUCAACAGUGAAGAGUGCCUGUCCCCAGGCAGAUGGGACCCAGAGGACACAGACUUCACCACGCAUAAGGACGCGUUCUGAAGGAGCCUAAGGGAAGGGGACACAUGCGUGGGGCAACUGGUGGACAAACAGACAUUGUUUGGGACAUCGGUCUGAGGCCUCCCAGCUUCCCCCCUUGCCGGCGUGCGUCUCGGCGGUCCGGUCCGGUCCGGUCCGGUGGCUUCCUGGUGCUUCUGCAUCUUGUGGACCAGAGAAGGGCAAAAAGAGCAGGCUGCUUACAGAACAGGCCAAAGCAAUACAAAAAACAAUAUAUCCCUUUUCUAUGAAAAACAAAACAUGCAGUCAUUUAAUGUUUGUUACGGUCAGUGUGUUACUUCCAUUUUGUGUCAAGCAUUUAUUGUUAGGAAUGUGUUUGUGGAAUGUGCUUGUGUACAUGGCAUUGCAUAGAAUGUGUGUACAUUAAAUGUACACAGUGAGCGGAGAGACGUAUGAUGCGUUGAGGUUGUAUCGGGUCAUAAAGGGUGCCGUCUCAUAUUUUAUUUACCUAGAGUUAUAACUAAUUAGAUUAAUAAUAAUAAUUAGAGGGAAAGGCCACCAAGGCUCCAAUUCCAGUAUCGGAUGAGACGGUUACCACCAACUUACUUUAAGGAGUCAGCCUUUGUUUUGGGGGGAAAAAAAGCUUUAGAAAAAAUAAAGAGAUGGUGUCAAAGAUUGUUUGUGUGGGGAAAAAGAAAAUGGAUAUGAACAAUAUGACAACUUUUUAAAGACCAUAUUUAAACCCAUUACCCAGGCCUAUAUAUACGGUGCCUCCAUUCACUCUUUUCAUGUCCUCUUGAUUUUAACUUUGACUCACAGUGGAUCCAUUUUGUUUUUCCCCAGAAAUUGUUGGAGACGACAAAACCUCAACUAGUCCUAAUUCAAAACAUGGCUGAGAGAGGGGAUGCCACUCUGAGUGGUUUUGUUUUACACGGUUUAGUCUUUCUUUUGACCACGUCAGAAAAUGCAUUCAUCACCUGUGACUCACAGUUAAAAAAAAAAAACAUGAAGUCCAAGGGUUGAAAGGUGCUCUAUUGCCACUCUACCACUGUAUGUUAAAUUAUGUCGUUGCAUUGACUUUUAUUUUUAAUUUUUAUCAGAAAGUGUUCCCAGUGUUAUUUUUUUGGCUAUUUGUUUAUGUAUGAAUGUUAUUCAUUCAUUUACAUACCAUUCAAUAAAAGUAAUACUGUUCA